AUGACUAGUGUCACCUCUCUGGUAACCGCUGCUGCACUGCUGUGCCUCUGGCCUGGACUGGUGGAGCAGAGAGCUGUGGUGCUGGCGGAUGGGCGUCCUCCUAUUCGCUACGACGUGCUUUCCAUUGACAUCACUGGUAUCCUGUCACCUCACGUACGCACUACCAACAUCCGCUGCUGCACUGCUGCGCCUCGGGCCUGGACUUGGAUCAGCGAGCUGUGGUGCUGGCGGAUGGGAAUCGCUUUUGAGAAUUAUCAAAAGCGAUUUCCAUGUACUUGGAUCAGCGUGCGUGCUGUGGUGCUGGCUGGUGGAUGGGCGCAUGCCUGCCCAUUUGUUACGACGACCUGUGUCUUGACACUCCGCCCCACUCCCAUCCCCUCUCUCCAUCCGUCUGAGCAGCAAUCAGUGCCAGGAGCAAAGGAGCUCACCCUCCCAGUGAAGCCCAUCGACUCCUUCACCCACCGCUGGGAGGCUCUGCGGUCACGCAUCCUCUCCCUCGCCCCUGGCUCUAGUGUCCGUGUGGUGGUGGUGGGAGGGGGCGCAGGAGGGGUGGAGCUGCUUCUGGCCAUGCAGCAACCGACUGCAGCAGGACUGCCUGGUAUGAAGGUUCUCGAUGCUGCAGUGGUGGCAGUGAGACAACGAGGAGUGGAGAGCGUGGAGAGGGAGGGGAUAGAGAGGGAGCGGUGGAUGGGGCGGAAGGGGAGGUCGGCAGGGGAAGCAGCAGCGGGCGGGUGGAGGGGAAAAGAGAGAGUCGGCGGUGCAAGGAGGGGUGCUGGUCUUGGAAGGGGGAGAGGAGUCAAACUCUCUGUCUCACAACCUUGCCAUUCGCUCACAUCCCCUCGCUCCCAUCCCCUCGCUCACAUCCCCUCGCUCACAUCCCCUCGCUCACAUCCCCUCGCUCACAGCACCGGUGAUAAAUACGCGGUCUUCUCUCGGGGCUCGUUGGCCUUUGAAGACAGUAUUAUGUGGACGCUCAAGGACCGCAUAGACCGGGCGUUCAUGCAGCAGUUCAACCAACUACCUGCCAUGCCGUCACCUCCUCUCCCCACCAUCCCCGUCGCACACACGGCCGGGCCUGAAGCGCUCCUGGCACUCAAAAGCAUGCCCAUGCGGUGUGGGGGGUGUGGCUCCAAGGUCGGCUCUUCCCUUCUCUCCCGCGUCCUCACUCGUCUCGCAGCUCUCCCCAGCCGCCCGCCUGGCCACCCGGAAAUCCUCCUGGGGCUUGACUCACCUGAUGAUGCCGCUGUGCUGGCGAUUCCACCUGAGGGAAAGGGCGGCUGUCAGAGCCCAGUGUUGGUGCAAACGGUCGACUUCUUCCGCUCCUUCCUCUCCGAUCCGCACACCUUCGGCCGCAUUGCCGCCCUACAUGCUCUCAGUGACUGCUUCGCCAUGGGUGCUGACCCCGUCUCAGCGCUCGCUAUAGUCACACUGCCCUAUGGUACCGAGGAGAAGAUGGAGGAGGAGCUUUUCCAGGUCAUGGCAGGGGCCAUCCGCGAAUUGGAUGCUGCCACGUGUCAGCUGGUGGGAGGGCACACUGUGGAGGGUGCUGAGCUGUCGCUGGGGUUUGCUGUCACGGGAUUGGCUGACAGAGACCGGCUGCUGAGAAAGGCGGGCAUGCAUGAGGGAGAUGCCAUCAUUCUCACCAAGCCCAUCGGCACGGGAGUCAUCUUUGCAGCCAACAUGCGAUGCAAGGCCAAGGGACGGUGGGUGGAUGGGGCGAUCGAUAGCAUGCUGGUGUCUAAUCAGAAAGCAGCGUCCAUUGCAUUGCAACAUGGGGCCUUGGCUGCUACUGAUGUCACGGGGUUUGGCUUACUUGGCCACCUGGUGGAAAUGACAACAGCAUCUCGAGUUACUGUAACAAUCGACCCCUCUACAAUCCCCAUUAUGGACGGUGCACGGCAGUGUGUGGAGGAUGGCAUUUUCAGCUCGCUGCAGGAUUCGAACCUGCGCCUGAGACGAGCAAUCACCAACUACGAGGAGGCAUCCGCCCAUCUGCUCACUCUGCUCCUCUUCGACCCGCAAACAGCCGGAGGGCUGCUCUUUUCUUUCCAUCCCUAA